AUGACCCCGCAACGCCUUCUAAAGCUGACCCUCGCACACCAUCGGAACCCAGAUGCCUCCGAGGAAGCAUGCCACCGCUUCAUCACAGAGCAGUCAAACCUAAUAUGCAAAAAACACUUCUCCCCAACGCCAGUGCGGAAUGUAUUGAGCACCGCGUGCGAGCGUCUGCAAAACGGCUGGACAGUCGACACCCACGACUCGACCGUGGAGUUUUACUUCCGCGACAUCGCGGACUUGGUGACUGUGUCCACCGACCCAGAUUUCAUUGCUCUGCAGGCAAUCGAAGCGCCUUAUAUCAGCAAGGAGGGUGUAGUCGCCCAACUUGGAUGGGUGGAAACCUACAUCGCGGAUCAGCAGGUGGUGAACUUGGUUGAUGGGAAGUCGCAGUAUCAGAGCUAUGAAGAGGCGUCUUCUAUUGAACUUACGCUGUGA